AGUAAGUAAUUAAAAUAAAAGAAAGAGUCAGCGCAACAAAAAAUUAUUAUUCAUUCAUAGAAUUGCUUACUUUUGUUAUUAUUAAUAUAAAUACAUUAAUUUUUAAUACACCAGUAAAAUAAAUACAUAUUUAUAAUUAUUUACCAUACUGUUUUCGCUUGCUUAAUGAUUCGCGAAGUUCCAAACAGAUACGAAAAACUGAAUUUCUCUUCUGAUGACAUUCAGAAGUAAUUAGAAACAUAGUCCUAAGGGUCUCCUGAGUGUUAAGGAGGGAUAAGUCAAGGUACGAUAAAUCCUAUUGCUUCUAAUUUAAUUAUAAACUCCAAAGAGUCUGAAUCUAUGCUUGACUCUCAACAAUCUUCCUCCAGUCCUUCUUAAAAUGUAUCUUUAAGGGCAGAUUCUAAUAAAACAUCUAGAGGAUCCUCUGCUUCAUAACAAGAAAAGUCAAUAGAUUAAAAUUACGAUGAUCUUUCGCCUUCAAAGAGACCUGCUUAUGCCAAUUCAAAUAAUAAAAAUGGCAAUGCCAACAUCAUAAAAUAAGUAUUUUUCAAGAAGCUGCCAACUAAUUCUAAUAAUUGCUCUUAAUAUUCUUUGAUAAAAGAGAGCUUAACUAAUCCAUUUACUUAGUUCAAAUCAAAGAAAUCAUAUUAUGUUGAAUCAAAUCCUUAAAAUAUUCGCAAACGUCGCUUAUUGAGCUUCCAUGGAGAAGAAACAGGCGAAUUUCGAGAACUUGUCACCUUUCUAGAUAAAGCAAAGUAGGGGGAUGAGAUGCCGGCCCAUAAAAUGAUCAGAAAGAACAGUUGCUGUUGCCAAAAUUGUGGAGCGAAAACAACAAAAGAAGUAAAAUUAGAUAAGUUGAUUCCUAAAUUUAAGCCUACUUAAGUGAUCAAAAUGAUGUAUAGAAGGGCGUUCUAAAAAACAAUAAGCAAUGUUAGCAAAAUUAAUAAAUUCUUUCGUUCUAAACUAUCUAUUCGCACCAAUAACAAUAACCACUUUUUAUUUGGGGAAAAGAAGGCUUCUCCGACAAAAUUUAUUCGCUAAAGCACAUUCAAGAUAUCUCCAAAAUCUACUGAAAAAGUCAAAUAGCCUUAGCAAAAAGCUGGAUAAAGAGAUCUCACUGAAAAUCUCUAAAAAUUAUCAAGUCUUAAUAUGGUCAGACAUAGAGAGGGAUAACUUUAAUAGCAAUCAUCAGGUUCUUAAAAUGAAAGUCCUUUAAGCAUAAAUGAACAAAGAAGUAAGAAGAUGAACCCUACUUUCUAUGCAAGAAAUAGCUUGCUUGUCUACAGUAAUGGAGAUUAGAAUACGGCGUUUCUUUCUAAACUUUAGUAAAGCGCAUCGCCUUUCAAAAAGAGUAGCUUCUAAAAUAAUCCUUAAUCUAAUUCUGAAUAGCCUAUUUAAUAGCAAAGUGCAAAUUCAAACAAAAACCCUCAAAGUCCUUUAUAAAACAUCGAAGUAGAUAAACAAGCUCCUCCUUUACUAUCCAACACUUCUUCUGGUUUAUCUGUAUCUUCUUCUUCAGGAUUGAACAACAUGAUAAGUAAUAUGAGUAACAAUAAUUUAGCGAAUAACAACUCGAAUUAAGUAAGUGGAUCAAACACUCCAUAGUAUCCAGUGAAAAAAAAGAAUAAUUUAUAUGAAAAGUUAGAGUUAUCAAAAAAUAAAAAUAAUGCAUAAAAUAUCAUCGUCGAAGACAACAUAAUAGAUUAAUUGAGAUAAGAAACUAAAAUUGGAAAUAUAAACAACGAAUUUGUAAAAAGCGUUGGAAGCAACAUUAUCAGAUAAUCUCUUAGCAACCUUCCAAAAGAUUAGUAAGAUUAAGAGAGCGAUAGACUAAAAUCUAAAAGAACACUUGUUAUUUUAGAGGAUGUCAGUGAAACAGCUUAAAACUAAGAAUAAGAAAAAGUUAAUAAGAAUCUUUAUGGUUAGAGUUUUUAUCUUAACAUUCCUAAGUUAAGCAACAAGUAUAUGAAUCCUGUACUAUUUUAAUUAAGAUCAGUUAGUCAAAAUAAUUAAAAAAAAACUGGCAAUCAGAAUUUGUAGAGCGCUUUUCAUCUGAAGACUUUGGCAGAUAUUCCCACAGAUAUUUCUAUUGACAAACACUAAAAGUUUUUAAUAAACUAAAGUACACCUAUAUUUGAUACUAAAAGCACUACUUAGACACCUGAUUUAGGGAAAUUUAAUUAAAAUAACAAAUCUUCAACUCAUUAUAAUUAAAACACCCUAAAAUCUUUUGCGUCUAUGUAGAAUCUAAAAAAGGUUAAUAAAAAUUCAAUAAGCGGCUAAAAUGAAUUUUCUACAAAAAAAAAUGAAAGUAACCUAAAAAAUAAUAUGGCUGAAGGAAGUAAGAAACUUUAAAUGAAAAGAUAUUAAAAAAGUUCUUCUUAAUCAUCUUCAUAACAGUUUAAUUCUGUAUAUCUUCAAAAAUCAAUGAGUUCAUGCACUUAAUUAAGUGCGUCAAAAUAAAAGAUUCUCUUCCAAAAUAGACCUCCUUUUAAUCUGAGCUUAAAAAAUGAUUCAGUCAGGAACAAUGAAAUUAUAACCUUGCCAAUAAAAUUACAAGAUACUUAAAGUAAAACACAAAAGAGUAAAUUAUUUGAUAGAAUAUUCAACCAGAAAGCUUCUUUGCCUGAAAUAAAUAUUGGGUCAAAAAAUUAAAGCCAUAUUAGAGAUAUUCAAAGCCAACCUGGAAUGUAAAAAGAUUAAAAUUAAUAAAAGAAUUCGGAAUCAGAAUUUAGCUAGGCUCAUAAUCAAAGUUUUGAUAACUUUAGCAAAGGAUUUCUCUCACCGAUAAAAUUGACCAACAAAAAGAAAAAUGUUAAAUCGAAAUCAAUAUCAAGUUAAAAUAAGAAUAUAUUUGAUGCAGUUGAGCUAUUUCUAAAGAAAGGCAAUAACAAUGCUUCAUACUAACACUAAUUGUAUAUUAAUUAGAAUAAUUGA